CUCUCGACGCGCAUUGGACGGACAGUCAAUGCGUAAGCUCCACUGAAACUGCAGCCCGUGGUCUGUCUACAUAAACACAGAAAGAUGAAGAUUUGAAACCGGACUUUUGCAGAAUAUAUGAACCACCUGGUGCCAAAGUCUAAUUAGAAGUGGCAGCUGGACACUCGGCUCCGAACAGAGAGCUUUUGCGCGCUCUGCCGUGGAUGCCGUUUGCUGCAGGAGUUGCGCUCAGGACUUCACGAAACGGUGAUAAGGUUGCCAGGGAGUGGAUGUAUGCCGACCUGGGCUGCGACUUAAACUUUUCUACAACCUCCAUCGCCAUAUACAUAAUGCCGGACUGGAAGUGUUUCCUUUCGUCGCCGAGUGUCGGACUUUACGCACUAAACAGCAGCCAACUUCAGGAACGUGGAACCUACAGAUCAGACAAACUGACCAACUGAGGAGAGAGGAUUGAAAACGUUUUGGCUUUGGUGUUUUCCUAAUGCAUUAUUCUGAUUUGGUUCUCAUGCUGAAAUUGUAUCACAAUGCUCUUAUUGUAAAUUCCGCGUGGAAUCUUAGCGUUUACGCUUCUAAAAAUGCUGGGAAUUGUGCUCCUAAGCUGCGUGCAAGUUCCUUCUACCCAGUUCUUGAAAUCUAAAAACAAGUAGACAAAAUACACGUGACAAGGCUUUCAAAAAAAAAAUUCCUGCCGAUUUUCAGUAUUUACACAUUUCUGGAUGAACCAUGACCUUUGCCAGAAAUUAUGCGUUUUUAUUACUAACGCUGCUGCACGUAGGGUUUCCGUCUCCGAACUAAGCCAGUCCGACGUGCAGACACAUUUUUUUGGGGGGAAAUUCUGGUUUGUUUUGUUUUGCUUUUUGUUUUUCCUGACGGCUCAGAAACAUGUUGCACAUCCUUGCUCUUCAGUCGGCGGUGUUACUUCUGGGAGUAGCCGACUGUCGAGUCUUAGAGGGAUUGCAGAGAUUUUCCUCCAUCCCCACGUACCUGCCUGUCAACUAUCAGCUGCUUAGUGCGGACUUGGCGUUUUUCCUGAAGGAAGCCAACCAGGACUUCAUGAGGAACUCUAGCCUGAUGUCAAGGACGGAGCCUUUCUUCAUCUACCAGGCUAGAAGUUUGCCCUCUGUGAAUGCUAGCUACGGGCCUCUCUCUGUGGAGCAGCCUGUUCCUCUGGAGCUUCUACAGAACCCGGGGACCUUUCCAGCCUCGUCUGUUUUUACCUUCAACUGGAAGGUGCAGACCUUCAUCAUGAAUACCCGAAUCCACCUGGCCAAGCCCAAAGUCCAGGUGCUGUUUUAUGUCGCAGGCAGGGACUGGGAUGACUACAGCGCCAUUGACAAGCUGCCAUGUGUGCACAUGUUUGCUUUCCACGAAACCCAGGAGGUGCGUGGCACUUGCCAGUUAAAGGGGGGGCUGGGGCUGUGUGUGGCCGAGUUGGAGCCACUGGCCAGCUGGUUCAGCCCGCCAAGCGUAGUGCCAGGACGCCAGAGGAACCUCGAAGUGUCCGAGGGCACCCCAGUGGAGCUCUACUACAUGCUGCAGUCAACAGAAGCAGGAGAGUGCCACUCGGAGGAGUCCAGGAAGGACACCUUCAUCCGCUCAAGUCAGGAAGGGCUGUUUGGUUCCUAUACUUCAACACCACUGAGGAGGAUUGGCGGCGUGAGGCUCUACCAGAACCCCACUGAGCCCCCUCUCACUGAAUACAGGCUGGAUAAUAACUUCAUGGUCAUGGCGCCAGCCACACCCAUGAGACAGAGGGAAACCGUCUCUGCUUUUAUCACCGUGGCGCCCUACUCUCCUGUGGGGAUGUUUACUCUCAGAGUGAAGUUGAAAGAAGGACUGACGUUCCUCGGGGCUCGUCCCAGCAACCCCACUCAGUGGAUAGUCAGCCAGGAUGUGAGGAGUGAAGGCCACCGGGUGGUGACUCUCCACUGCCGCAGGAAGGAGUCCGGCUAUGACCAGCGGUCUGAAAUGGGAGUUCAGAGGGUGCUCCAGGUGGAUCUGAAAAUGGAAAGCUUCCCGGAGCUGACGGGCAGCCGCUGGAUGGCCUGGCAGGUGGAGUACCCGGCCAGUCGGGCAGCCACACAAGAGGUUGAGACGGAGAUCCGUCUGGCGCAGGAGGACCUCGCAGGCAUCGUGCCCCUGGCCAUGGACUCUGAGAUUUUGAACACUGCCGUCCUGACUGGAAAGACGGUGGCAGUCCCAGUAAAGGUGGUGACCAUUGGAAUAGACACCUCCGUUACGGACGUCUCAGAAGCGGUCAAGUGUCGCUCAACAGACGAAGAUGUGGUCAAGGUGUCUGACAGGUGCGACUAUGUUUUUGUGAAUGGCAAGGAGAUGAAGGGCAAGGUGAAUAUGAAGGUGAACUUCACCUACGGAUACCUGAGUGCUCAGCUGGAGCUCAGCGUGUGGAUCCCUCGCCUGCCCCUGCAGAUUGAGGUGUCAGACACCGAGCUGAGCCAGAUCAAAGGGUGGAGGGUACCCAUCAUGGCCGCCAGUCAGAGGUCCACACGGGACAGCGAGGAUGAAGACGACGAAGACAGGCGAGGUCGAAGCUGCACUCUGCAGUACCAGCAUGCCAUGGUCAAGGUCCUCACCCAUUUUGUCGCCGAAUCAGCUGAUCCUCGAGGCCAGACCAGCUACAUGUUGGGCACCGAUUGGCAGGUGGACAUUACAGAGGUUGUUUGGGACUUCCUCAAGGUAGAGGAUCCCCAGAUUGCACAGCUACUGGACACGAGGAUUCUGGUGGGACUUGACACGGGGAUGACCACGAUCCAGGUGUUGUCUCCUUUGUCAGACUCAAUUCUGGCGGAGAAGACCGUCACAGUGGUGGAUGAAAAAGUGACCAUUACGGAGUUGGGGGUCCAGCUUGUGACGAGCCUCUCCAUGAGCCUGCAGCUCAGUCCUGGAAGCAACAGAGCCAUCCUGGCUACCACCACCACACAGGAGGUUCUGCAAAGCCCCAAACAGGAGGCCUUGAUCAGCGCCUGGCUGCAGUUUAGUGACGGCUCGGUGGCUCCGCUAGACCUGUACAAUCCGGAUUUUUUCGUCCUGACAGCCACCUCCCUGGACGAGGAAGUGGUGACGGUGCAGCAGGACCCCUCGUGGAAGUGGCCUGUCAUCAUAACAGAGGCGGAGGGUCAAGGCCUGCUGGUCAGGGUGGAAAUGACUGUUUGCGAAGUGUGCCAGAAGUUCAAGAGGCGCAGCAUCAUAGCGGCGGGGAACUGUAACGUCAGGGUGAAGUUUGGACGCGGUGACAGCUCGAGGGGAGGGAGCAGCGACUACGGUCCUGAUGGAGAUGAUAUGGAGAACAGAGGCAGGCUGUCCUCCUCUCAGGACAGGACAGGCCUCGACACCCACUACUACGGCAGCUCCAUCUCUGACAUGGAGGAUGGGGUGUUGAGCAGAGCCACCACUACUAGAAGCGCGAUAAUGCGCCGGCCAAAUGGGGAUAAACUUUCAGAUGAUGGUCGCCAGAACAUGCCUAUUGACUUCCCCGCACAAGUGGACCUGCCACGUGGCCGCAACAUGGACGAUGACCUCGUUCAGACGGCUCGCGGGCUCACAGACCUGGAAAUCGGCAUGUACGCCCUGCUGGGGGUGUUCUGCCUUGCCAUCCUGGUCUUUCUCAUCAACUGCAUUUCCUAUACCCUGAAAUAUCGCCACAAGGAGCUCUCCAUAGAGGGCCAAGAGAACAUGAACCAUGCCCACGACUGGGUGUGGCUGGGGAACGAGGCGGAGCUUCUGGAGAGUCAAAUCAGCCUUUCACCUCAGCAGGAGGAGCAGACCUCUAUGAUGGACUCGAGCAGCGGCCUCGAGGAAGGCAGCCAGUUGCUGAACGGAGGCUCUGCCCAGAAGAACGUGCAGAGCCAAGUGCACCGGGCGGCAGACACGGGUUGCGUAGCCAAGGACAGCAAAGGAGACUCCCCCACCACCAAGAGGAAGAGAGUCAAGUUCACCACGUUCACCACCAUCCCCUCAGACAAUAGCUACCCCACCGUUAACACACUGACUGGAAGCCACAGCCAGGACAUUAAGUGGGUGUGCCAAGACGUGCAGCUGGGAGACUCCAAGGAGUUACGCAAUUACAUGGAAAGGUUAAGCGACAGUGCUUUAAAAGAGGUGGCAUAAUGUACUGCGUGCACUUGUAACAAACUCACCUUUAUGCCUUCCAGAGGAACGUGGGUCUCGACGGAAACCAGACCCACAGUUGGUGAAAGAGGAGGAAACUUCACAAUCUCCCCCAAAACUGCCAAAGGGUCUUUCCAAUUUGAAAAGGACUGUCAUGAUUGAACAAGUGACUGACGAUAAAUCACCAUCAAAACAAACAAAAACAAAAACAACCAACCCAGAUAACGGCGGGUGGUGCUUUUUUCAUUUGUUUAUCAGAUGAUUAACUUUUUUUAAUCAUCGUCUAUUUACGACAGGGUUCAGAAUAAAGCAACUAUCCCAGGAUCGGUCUGCAGCAGUGGCAACCUGAAAUGUUCAGGCGAAACGCGGAUUUUAAAACGGACGGCAACGCGACUAGAUAGAUGUGUCCGAACUGUGCGUGUGUGUGUGUGCACAUUAAAUGGUUUUGGAAGUUUUGUAUCAUGUUGGAUGUUAAUUUCUUAUGUCAGAUCUUUAUUCUGUGGAAGAGUUCUGGAGAGGCCAAAAGCAAGCCAAGAGAAGUUUCUGCAUGUUGUUGGAAGAAGAAAAAAAAAAAGAAAAAGAAAAAAAAAGGCACAACCCUCCGGUUCUUUCUCAUCCUCCUUAGCAAGGCAAAAGACCUGUUAUGUAUAUACCGAAAAGUCUCCAAAGCAUUGUACUGUUGCUCUGUAUAUUGUAUUUUCAUAACAUUUAAGAAUACACAAUAAUGUCAA